GGGCGGCAUUGUAUCUGAGGCUAACAGAGGACCUUCCGGUUCACAUUUUCCGUAUGGGCGUUCCGCGGGAAUUUUUGACCAAUCGUAAACGAGGUAGGCCCUGCGUCACGAGGAAAUCAAACGUCACAGAGCGCGCUUGGAGUAGUUUUCAGUCGAAGAGUGGAGCGGCAAAGUGGUCCAUCUGUGUGUGAGAAAGAAGCCACCCGGCGUCCACGCUAAGUUCCCGGCUCUCGAAUUGGACUUCAAACGCGUAAGCAGGCACAUUAUAUUCACACUUUGUCAUUCAAGUCAACAACUGUGACACUUUUGACGGGAUAUGUCGUUCGAAUGAGGAGCUUGGGCCGAGGGAAAGGCGCCAAACUUGGACGACUCCUAGCCAUGUCCAGGUCAUCUCUCGCCUCAUUUUUUCGCCAAUCUUCUCUCCCGAUCGACUAAGAACGACUGAGGGUUUUAAAUUCCAGUCAUCAUGACGGAAAUAAGCGAGAAGGAGAAUGAGCCACAGCGGCGGGACCUCCAGAGAGCACCGGCUACUGUGCCCAGCCAAGCACAGUCCAAGCUGCAGCGUCUGAAGCGCUCGCUGUCCUUCAAGUCUGUGAUGCGCAGCAAAAGCGUGGACAACUUCUUCCAGCGCAGCAAUGGCGACUCGCGACCACCCUGCACGCUCAUCAUCGCUCCCUCGCCUUCGCCGCCGCCCGCCUUGUCCGAGUCACCCCUGGCCUACGAGCGGUCGCCGGCUCUCUCGCCGGCCGUCAGCCCGAACCCGUCACUGUCCGAGUCGUCGCGCUCGCCCUCCGUCAGUCCCUCGCUGUCUCUGAGCGCCAAAGUUCAGCUCAAGUCUCCGGCCCCGUCCGCAGCGCCUCUCAAGACUCACAGUUUCCACGAGCACGUCUUCCGCAGGCCGACCAGCUGCGAGCGGUGCAAACAUGUGAUCCAAGGCAACUCCAAGCAAGGCCUGCGUUGCAAAGCCUGCAAACUAGCGGCUCACCUGUGGUGCUCGUCGGAGCUGUCUCAGCAGCCCUGCAAUGGCAAGACGGGAGCUUUUAAGCGAAACUUCAGCUCGCCUCUACUAACCACUGAGUCGCUGGGCGUCGUCAGGGAGACUCCUGAUGUGCAGGAGGUGGACCGCGCCACGGUGGACCCCGUGUACGAAGCGCUGCGCUAUGGGACGUCGCUGGCUCAGAUGAGUCGCUGCAGCUUCGGCAGCAUCUCCGAGUCGCCCUGCCACGAGGCUGAGAAGUUCCCAGACAAGCUGGAGAAUCAGCCAAUCGCCGAAGAGGAAGCCAUUCCAGGAAUGCUCACCCCUCCCGAAAGCGAGAAGGCAGAUUCUGAAGAGCGAGUCAGCCUAAAGACUCCCAAGCGUGUGGAAGUCCACUCCAUGCACACCUACGUAGCUCUCUACAAGUUCCUGCCUCAGGAGAACAACGAUUUGGAACUACAGCCCGGCGAUCGUGUCAAAGUCACAGAUGACUCCAAUGAGGACUGGUGGAAGGGGAAAAGCCGCGGCAAGGUGGGAUAUUUCCCUGCCAACUUUGUGCAGCGAGUGCGUCCUGGCGAGCGAGUGUGGAAGGUCAUGGCUGGUUUCCACGGCAACCGAGACAAAGGCCAGAUGACAGUGAAAGAGGCCCAGAUCUGCGUGGGCAAGAACGAGGAGACGGACGGCUUCCUGCGGCUGAGCAGUGGCAAGAAGCGAGGCUUAGUGCCGGUGGACAUUUUGUUUGAAAUAUGACGUCGGCUGACAAUAAUAAUACUAGUACUAGUACUUGACUUGUUAUAAUUAGCAGAAAUUGACGGAGGAAUCCUCGGGAAUGCUUCCCUCCCAACCCCUCUCAAAACGCCCUCGCCGACGGCCAUAAAAUGAACAGCUGGCGUAGGGAAUAACAGCUUGUCUUGUUUUGUUUUCUUCAGGGCUACUUUUGAUGUAGCGCAAAAUGUGGGAAAUGUAGCAUCACGGGGGGCAAAAGGGAUGUCAGGCUACCUCACCGCUAACUGGGAAAGCUCGAUAGGGCUGCAGGGAGCCUACGGGGAGACUUUGUGUCACACAUUCAGUCCUGUAUUCAAUAUGUGUGCCUGAUAAUAAUAAUUUAAAAAAUGUAUAUUAGUUAGAAAAAGAUUGUGACACUUUCCCGUCAAAUCUCAGAUGCAGUGGAACCUCCAAAGUGGAAAGCGGAGCUUCUCUCCUCGUUUUGAAGGUAGUCAUUACCCCUAAGCUACAUGCUAUUUAUGACUUUGAGAUAGCUAUAUAUAAACAGUAAACUGCAGUAAUAUUUAUCAUUUUUUGCAGAGGACAAACAAUACAUGCCCAUGAGUAUUUUUAUAUUGUAUGUCCACACUGUUUGUGAUUAAAUAUCCUUAGCUUGAAUGGUUAACACACACAACAUGCUAUUCAUUAUGCGAUGGCAUUUUGCAGUAUUUCAUAGCAUAACAAAUGAACACACACAUCUUAAUUAAUCAGUUGUAGGGAAAAAAAAUAGCGCGGCUUUAUGUCUUAUGAGAUUUUGCACGCGAUGUCGUUUUGAUUCCAAUUUUUGCUCCAAAUUUAUUUGCAACCCUCGGGGCAUUCCACUUUUUGGAAGUUCCACUUUGCACCGCUCUCUAGUCAUUUCCGCGAUUGACACUAUCCCCGCGCAGAUGCACCUCUGGUAGUCUUGUCACGAUAAUUUCACCACUUCCAAUUUGCCUUAUCUGCUGUACUCAUACUGUAUGUAUGGUCACAUUAUUAUGUGACCGUUUCUUGUCAAGAUGGCAUCUCUCGGGAGCGCGACGUUAAAAAAAACAAAAAAAAAACAAUAAUGAAUGGCAUCAAAGCAAUAAAACAUGGCCAGCCUUCUUGUGACACGCUACUCUGAAUAGUAAAGCCAUGCAGAAAGCGACUAAUAAGGGCAUUGAUAUCACAACAAUAGCAGAGCAUCACUUACAGUUUUCAUUGGCAUGCCUACUGCAUCUUUGGCCAGUUUCUCCGUUGACACGUCUGACAAGUACUCAUUCAGAUUCCUCUUUGCAGCUUGCAAAGCAAAAUGUGGAAAAAGUAAAGCCCAGUGAACACUUUGCACUCUUUAUCUAUUUACUCGGCUAAGCCAGAACACUAUGCACAGCCCAUGUCGUCGCUCGCUUUGUUUCGUCUCCGCACACGUACAGUAACACACACUUGGGCUCAGGACCAUUUAUUGACAGGCCAUAUCACUUUUCGGCGUUGCCCAAUAAAGUGCGAUGAACCCUC